AUGAAAUCAAUUUUAUCGAAAUCAUUAUUAAAGCAGAUUAUGAAACAUCCACGACCAACAUUAGUUAUCAGCGAUUGGGAUGAGACGAUAACAGAGGAAGACACAAUUAAAUACGUUGCAGAAGUACCUUAUUCAAAACAACAACAAAGAGUAUUACCACCAUUUGCAAAAUUUGUGGAAUUAUAUAAUCAAAACUACACCAGUUUGAAAAACUCAUUUAUUUUCCCAAACUCCACAACAAAUAGUAUUGACCGUUCUAAUUAUUUAUCUCAGCAAAUCAAAUUUCAGAAUGAAUUAUCCAUCGUGGAAAACCAAUCAAUUGAGCUAAUUGAACAAUCAAAAAUAUUCCAAGGUUUGACUCAACAAGAUUUCCAAAAUUAUGUUAACAGGAACAACGAUAAAAUAAAACUCCGACCUGGGUUUAGUCAAUUUGUCAAACAUUGUCAAGAUCUAAAUAUCCCAAUAAUUAUUGUUAGUGCCAAUUGGACAAGUAUUUUCAUUAAACAAUGUCUUGAUAAUAAUGGAUUAAUGGUGAAUGAUAUCAUCACUAAUGAAUUGAGCUUCCAUGGUAAUAAUGAAAAGACAAAGACGGGAAUAGCUACGACGGGAUUAUGGGAUAAAUCAAGAUACACAAUUAGAACAUCACAAGAUAAAUUGGAUAUUGUGAAACAACGUCAAGAAGAAAAAGACUGUGUGAUUAUGUAUAUUGGUGAUAGUGGAACUGAUUUAUUGCCAUUAUUAAACGUCGAUAUCCCAUGUGCUAUUGAAGGUUCAAAAAUUGUUGAAAUAUUUGAUAAAUCUGGUCUACGAGAUAAUUUGAAUGUUGGUACUUGGCACGAUUUUAUAAGUAUCAUUAAAGAAUAA